AUGGCAAGAAUUGGUGAGGCUUGUGAUAGCUUAUGUUUAAGCGAUUUCAAAGGCUUUGUUUCUCAUUCUGCCAAAUGUUUUGAGACUUUUGACAGCCUAGUGAACUUGUCACUGCUCACAAAAUUGACAUGUCCAUAUUGCGAUGAUGAAGAAUAUUUUAAAAAGAUUCAAAAUAUACAACGUCAUUGUCAACGCAAACAUUCCAUUUUGUUACCAUCACGCUCAAGAGGAGAUCAACCUCCUAAGAAUUCGACAAAAUAUACAAAAGCUUUGCACGAGAAAUAUCCAUCUAUCCCGGUGAAGCUAACUUGCCCAUGCUGUUGUGAUUUGUUUGUCAAUAAAUCAGCACUUGAAACACAUGUUGAUGAACAGCACAAUGUUUUCCAACAAAACUUAAAAACGUGCACAAGUGAUUGGAAUAUUCAUGGAGUAAGCGUAGUCGAAAAAUUUCACAAUUUUCGCGCGCAUUGUCUUCAAAAUAAUUCGAAAUACGUGAACAUUGAUGAGUUUUUUAAUCAAAUCUUGGCAAUCUCAUCAAUUCUUGUGUUGCAACAAAGAAGUGAUUAUCAAAGUAUACCUUCUGAAUACUUUUCGUCAAGUCUUCUUAAAGAAAUGCAUCGGAAAGUAAUGAAUGCAGAAACGUCAACACGAAUUAAGGACACGCUCUUGGCAUACCGCAGUGACGAAAUUGACGGUCCGAAGACUCGACAUGAUCUGAUUUCACUUGCAGAAAAGCUAACUGAUCCGGAAAGAAACGUUGUGCUUGCCGUGGAAUCUUUGAUCCCGGUAAUGACAGAUGUUGAUCUUCGUACAAUUUCCGAAAACCAUUUAGCGGCGUCAUAUGUCCAUCCUGUCAUGCAAAGUUUGUUCUCCAUUGCUUGCAACAAUAAGGUGUCUCACUGCGGAGUUGAAACGGAUGAACUUCGUGACCCUCACGAACUUCAUGAGGCAGACGAACUUCACGACUUGUAUGAAGUUCAUGUUCCUCAUGAAGUUCAAACAAAUGAAUUAUAA